AGGAGAGGCGCCUGCCUCUCACUCAGAGGAGAGGUGCCUUCCUCUCACUCAAGAGGAGAGGCGCCUUCCUCUCAAUCAGAGGAGAGGCGACUGCCUCUCACUCAGAGGAGAAGCGCCUUCCUCUCAGUCAGAGGAGAGGCGCCUUCCUCUCACUCAGAGGAGAGGCGACCUCCUCUCACUCAGAGGAGAGGCGCCUUCCUCUCACUCAGAGGAGAGGCGCCUUCCUCUCACUCAGAGGAGAGGCGCCUUCCUCUCACUCAGAGGAGAGGCGCCUUCCUCACACUCAGAGGAGAGGCGCCUUCCUCUCACUCAGAGGAGAGGCGCCUUCCUCUCACUCAGAGGAGAGGCGCCUUCCUCUCACUCAGAGGAGAGGCGCCUGCCUCUCACUCAGAGGAGAGGCGCCUUCCUCUCACUCAGAGGAGAGGCGCCUUCCUCUCACUCAGAGGAGAGGUGCCUUCCUCUCACUCAAGAGGAGAGGCGCCUGCCUCUCACUCAGAGGAGAGGCGACCUCCUCUCACUCAGAGGAGAGGCGCCUUCCUCUCACUCAGAGGAGAGGUGCCUUCCUCUAACUCAGAGGAGAGGCGCCUUCCUCUCACUCAGAGGAGAGGCGCCUGCCUCUCACUCAGAGGAGAAGCGCCUGCCUCUCACUCAGAAGAGAGGCGCCUUCCUCACACUCAGAGGAGAGGCGCCUUCCUCUCACUCAGAGGAGAAGCGUCUGCCUCUCACUCAGAGGAGAGGCGCCUGCCUCUCGCUCAGAGGAGAGGCGCCUUCCUCUCACUCAGAGGAGAGGUGCCUUCCUCUAACUCAGAGGAGAGGCGCCUUCCUCUCACUCAGAGGAGAGGCGCCUGCCUCUCACUCAGAGGAGAAGCGCCUUCCUCUCACUCAGAGGAGAGGCGUCUUCCUCUCACUCAGAGGAGAGGCGCCUUCCUCUCACUCAGAGGAGAGGCGCCUGUCGUGA